AGAGGUCAUAGUAACAGGUGACGAUUAGAGGAACGUACAAACAAAAUGAGUGCAGCUAGGCCUUUAAUACGAAAUUCAGCCACAUUAAUUUUAGCUGCUAGAAACAGCCAACUUAAGAGCGCCUUUGACUGGAGGGUCUUGUUACUGGAAAGAGCCGCUAAAAGUGCAUUUAUGCCUAGUAUGUAUGUUUUCCCUGGUGGUGUAAUCGACAAAGCUGACUUUUCUAAUGACUGGAUGGAACUAUUUAAAGAGUCCUUCACCAAGUUUGGCACAAACUUCACAUCCCUUGUUGAUAUUCAAGGACCACGCCCACCUGUGGUGAAGACAUCUAGAGCUACAGGUUUACCAAGUGAUAUCGCGUUAAGAAUUUGUGCCAUCCGAGAGACAUUUGAAGAGUCUGGCGUUCUUUUAUUAAAGAGCUUCUCUUCUGAUAAACAAUACGAAAAUCUUGAAAUAGAUAAAGUUCGAAAUUGGAGGAAAGAAGUGCAUGCAGAUGCCUCCAUGUUUUUCACUAUGUGUAGGAAAUUUAAAUGUGUUCCUGAUGUGUGGGCCCUGAGUGAGUGGUCAAACUGGCUGACACCUGCUCAUUUACCCAGACGAUACGACACAAUGUUCUAUAUUGCCUUUCUUGAUGAGGAACCAUUAGCACUCCAUGAUGACAAGGAGAUGACUCACUCAAAGUGGAUGAUUCCAGCUGAAGCUGCUGCAAAGUUUAGGGCGCGCAAGAUCAAGAUUGGAUUCCCUCAAGUUUAUGAGCUGUUAAGGUUUUGUCGAUUUCCAAAGUGGGAGGACUUUCAAUCUUUUCAGCAAAACCGUGCUUCAGAUGGAUGCGAACAAUGGCUUACUAUUGUAACACAGUGUGUUGACGGUACUCUGGUUGUAUUUCCACAUGAUGAUCUUUAUCCAUCUUUGCAAAAGAGAGUCAUGGAAGAAUUAACCAAAAGUACAAUGGGACAAAUUUCACUUUUUAAUCAAUCAGAGACACUAGCGCAGUUAAAUGCGAAGGGAACAAAUUUUAAUCGAUUGUGCCUUGUGUCCGGUGUUCCAUACAACUUGACGAUUAAUGUGCAACUUCCUCAUGGACAGUGCUUACCAGUGGUGGAUUUUGAAAGGAUUAAUGAACUUGCUGGAGACUCAGUUGAGUCACAUCUCUGA